AUGCCGGCCUGGCGCCGCCGGCUCAUGUGGGUCACCCGGCUCUCUGCGCGCUGCAUCCUCUUCUCCUUCGGGUAUCACUGGAUCACACGAAAAGGAAGGCCUGCGCCUAGAGAGCUUGCACCUAUAGUUGUUUCCAAUCAUGUAUCAUACAUAGAUCCCAUAUACUUCUUCUAUGAAUUGUUCCCAACCAUUGUUUCAUCGGAUUCCCAUGAUGCCAUACCAUUUGUUGGAACAAUCAUAAGAGCAAUGCAGGUUAUAUACGUUGAUAGAUUCUCGCCGGCUUCAAGGAAGUCAGCUGUGAAUGAAAUAAAGAGAAAGGCAGGUGGCAAUAGCUUUCCGCGUGUCCUGUUGUUCCCUGAAGGCACUACAACCAAUGGGAGAUUUCUGAUUUCAUUCCAACAUGGAGCAUUCAUACCUGGCUACCCUGUUCAACCGGUUGUUGUUCGUUACCCCCAUGUGCACUUUGACCAGUCCUGGGGAAACAUAUCACUAAUAGCACUCAUGUUCAAGAUGUUCACCCAGUUUCACAACUUCAUGGAGGUAGAGUACCUCCCUAUUGUCUACCCCCCUGAGAUCAAGCAGGAGAAUGCCCUUCAUUUUGCAGAGAAUACCAGCUAUGCUAUGGCACACGCCCUUAAUGUUUUACCGACUUCUUAUUCAUAUGCUGAUUCAAUGAUUGCGUCAAGAGCAGAAGAAGCUGGAAAGGCCAACUGCUCAAGUUAUAUGGUGGAAAUGGCUUGGGUAAAAGAAGUGUAUGGUGUAAGCACCGCAGAAGCAAUGGAACUCUUGGAGCACUUUUUGGCUAUGAAUCCAGACAGCGAUGGACGUGUUAAAGCACAAGAUUUUUGGGCUCCUUUUGGCCUAGAUUGCAGUCCUCUAUGCAAGAAGAUAUUUCACUACUUCGAUUUUGAAAAUAAGGAAUCCAUCACAUUCCGACAGUUCCUGGUCGGGUGUGCGCACCUAAGGAAGCAGCCGUUGUUUGAGGGAGUGUGCGAAACCGCCUUCGAGAAAUGCAAGGCCCCUGGGACCUCUGACAUAUCCCUUGCACAGCUAGCCGACGCCCUGCGAUCGGGCAUGCUUCCUCCAGCAGACGACAGGAUGCUGAAGCUGUUUGAGACGUUUGACAUUGACGACGACGACAAAAUCAGCAAGGAUGACUUCGUGGCAUGCCUUGCGAGGUUCCCUUUCAUGAUCGCCCUCUUCGCCGGCCGGAUCAACGGGGAAGUUUACAUCGAGAUAGUUUGA